AGCUCAAGCUUGCUUACUGCUACUGAUUAGUAUAUUAGUAUGCAAGGAGGGACACUCAUGAACAGUACAGCCUCUCCUCCUAAAAGAGCACAGAAGGCAAUGAAUGAGCAGGGCAGAGAGAGAGAGGCCUAGAGGGAAGAAACAGAGGGGGUGUUAAAAGGGAGGGGAACAUGCAGUAGAAAUAAAAGAAGACUCUGGCACGGAGAGAGAAGGACAUUGUGGUUGUUACGAAAAGUAGAAAGAAGAGUGCGAAGUAAGAUCGGGAAGUGACAUAAGAUCCUUUCUUUAAAUAAGUUUCUAUUCCAUAGAGAUGAUGUCAUUCUGCUGGUACUCAGCUGCACUGCUCCUACUACUACUGACUCCUGACCUGCUUCCCACCUGCCUCCUGUUCACGCAUGCUGUCCCCACCUCCUCACCAGUCACACACCCCAAGAUCCAAUACAAUACCGAGGUGGGUUUCAACUAUGACGAAGAUUACAAUGCUGAGGAGGAUUCUUCCCAUUCCCCUCCCAAUUACAGCAAGGCUGCAUCAGCAUCUACCCCGCUUCCCAGUCCGUUGAAGCCCUGUGACUACCACCCCUGCCAGGACAACCAGAUCCCUUGCUCCCAGCUCUCAUCCCAGAUUGGUUGCCUGUGCCCUGGGCUGAGUGGGGAGGAUAAACCCCCUCAUUCUCCACAACUCCAGAAGCUAGGACCGGGGGCUGAUGGGAGAGCAGAGAUACGGUGGUGUGCCCCAUCCUCUGUAGUAUCUGGGUACCGGGUUGUGAUUGAACAUGGAAAGGAACGUCCUCUCCAUUUUGGGGCUGAUUCUCGGAGUGGCGUCCUGGGGGAACUUGAAGCAGGCGUCAAGGUGUGUGUGGAGGCGAUUAACAUUGCAGGAAUCAGUGCCCAUUCUGAGCUGUCCUGCCUGCGCUACGACCCCGAAGAGGCUACCAACCUGGCCCUGAGGGCUGGGGUGAUCGGAGGAGGGCUGGGGUUCCUCUUGCUCCUCUCUUUGAUUGCACUGAUCUUCUGGAGGAGACAGACAUGUGGGAGAUCAGGGGGAGACUCAGCAGAAGGGCUGGGGAAUCCCUCCUAUAGCAGGGGAGGAACGCUGUGAUCCCUUUUUGGGAUUAGACACGGUACAGUGAUUCAGUCGCACAGGCAGGGCUUUGGAGAAAAUUGCAUUUAAAAAAAAUACAUACAACAAAACACAAGACAGGACAAAGUGGCUGAAGUUGCCAUGUGGUUCAGAAUCUUGCCCUGAUUUUGGAAAUUUCUUAAGAACUUUGGACACUGGUGGACUUAAUAUCCCUAACAAAAGCUUAGUAUGCUUUGUGACUAAAAAGAUUGCAGGUUGUUUGCUGGCAAACUAACUUGUAUACUGUAGGGUCAUGACAGGAUAGAGUUCUAGUAGUUUCGUGUAUAAAUAAACAAAAGGUCAGAAUCCUUGUGAUGAAUAACAAAAGCAUUUUGUUAUUAUUAAUUAAACAGUUUUUUUAUA